UAGCGCCUGGCUGGCGGCCCGCGGGCGGGCCGUCCACCCCGCUCGUGGCCCACCCCCCCCUCUUAAAGCAGCGGCGGGAAGAUGAGGUUUCGGGAGCCGCUCUUGGGCGGCAGCGCCGCGAUGCCCGGCGCGACCCUACAGCGGGCCUGCCGCCUGCUCGUGGCCGUCUGCGCGCUGCACCUCGGCGUCACCCUCGUCUACUACCUGGCUGGCCGCGACCUGAACCGCCUGCUCGUCGGAGUCCCCACGCCACUGCAGGGCAGCUCAAACGGCGCCACCGCCAGCGGGCAGUCCUCCGGGGAGCUCCGGUCCCCGGGCGCUCGGCCGCCGCCUCCUAUAGGCGUCUCCUCUGAGCCUCGCCCGGGUCGCGACUCCAACCCUGGUGCGGAUUCUGGCCCCGGCCCCGAGAGCAACUUGACUUCGGUCUCAGUGUCCCCCACCACAGCACUGUCGUUGCCCGCUUGCCCUGAGGAGUCCCCGCUGCUCGGUAAGGACUCGGGUCGGCGCCUGUCCGAGGACGGGGACUCCCCCGGAUUUCCCGGACUGGGGUCUCUGGGACAUUCCCCUGUGCUCUGUAACACGACUGCCAGUCUCCCUAUUCGGGGUCCGAGAACUUAAGCCCAAAGAGAGGCUCGGGGCCUCAUAGGGGAAGAGAGGUUGACUGGGGCCCUGUAGGGAAGCCCGCAGUCCCUUCUUAGAGACGUCCCUGCUGUGACUCAGGGAUCAGGAAGUUUUGGAGUUUAAGUCGGCUUAGGGCUUGGAGCAGCCUUGCCAUACUAACCGUGGUGGGAACAGGCAGCUCAGAGUAACUCCCCUGCUUUUGGGUGGACGGUGCGGAAGGGAUCUGACCUGUGCGUUCAUGUCUUCUCUUGGAGCCACUCUCCUGAAUGUGGGUUUUCUCCUGAGCCUUCUUUGGGCAAGUGACUUGUCUGUAAGGUCUCCCUUCUGAAGAUAGUAAAUGGUACCUAUUUAGGAGCUUGUUGCUGAAGAGUAAAUGAAACAGUGUAAAUAAGAGUUGGAUUAAUGAGGAUAAACUCUCAGUAAGUUGUCACUAUUGUGUUCAUUUCCUCUUCUGUGUAUAUCCCUGACCUGGGACCCUCGGUCCCCCUCCUCCAACUUCCUCCUCCUGAAGGUUCCCAAAACCUGGUGCCCUCACAGGGGCAGAGGGCUUGUGUACCCUGGGAGCUGGAGGGCUAAAAUGUAACCAGGGCUGCCCUUUCCCUUUCUCACACUCCUUGCCCUGGUGAUCUGAACCCUGGCCUCCAGCAUGUUUCAGCGUAGGCUGGGAGAUCGGUAGGUGGGUUUGCAUUCCUUACCUCAAGAGGAGGCUGAGCCCUGCCUGGACCUCUCCUUCACCUGUAACCCAUAGGCCUGCAGGCCCAAGGCAGCCACAGGUUGCUUCCAGGGUUACCAGACAGGUGGCUGCUCAUUUCUAAUGCCAGGUUUUAGAGAAUGUUGUUCUGAGUGAGGGGCCCUGGCAGGCUGGCAGGCAUCCUGCCAAUAGCUCUGUCACAUUCCGGUAGAGCCCUGGCAGAGGCAGGCCUCCCUACAUGCUCUUGCUCAAUUUCUCCAGUAAUUACUUCAAUAUUUUCAUAUCAUGUUUGGGAGGAACCUCUUGGAAUUGGUCAAACAUGAACUGUGGUCAUGAGGGGGACUUUCUUAAAGCAGAAAAUUGAAUUCCUUUGGAUGUGGUGGUUAAUCUGGGAAGCAGAGUAGUCCUAUAAAAAAAUGAGGUAUAAUCUUUGUCCUACCACUACAUAUAUGGUUUCAGGCAUGUUACAGUUUCUUCCUCAUUUAAAAUGGACUUGUUGAUGCUUACCUUACAGUGUUAAGUUUUAGGACUAAAUGAGAUUGUGUAUUUUAAAUACACACAUCUAGGUACUCAGUACAUUUCAGUGGCUAAUGGUAAUACAAUUUGUUUGAGACCUUGAAGUUUCAUUUUCUCAUACUCCCAUGAAGAUGGCUCUGAACAACAGAGAGAAGGAGGAAGAGAGAGUGUGAGUCCGCAGACCACAGAGAAGCCAGGCUUUUUGCUUUUGUUUUUGUUGCCUGUGCAUUAUGCAGGAAGAGAAAUCAAUUGGCAAAUUAGAUAAAUACUCCCAAAAUUCAUUAGAUUGAUGUUUGAGGUAUAGGGUCUUUUUGCUAAAGUAUGAGAGGCACAGUGGUGACUGCAGUUCUGCUUUGUUUUGUAAUAUGUCCCUAGUGAUAAGCUUGUUACCAGUUAUUGACAUUGCUAAAUGGAUUCUGAAAUCAGCUGCUCAAAAGGACUUCCUGAGAGCUAACUUUUUAGAGGGUAGAGUGAGAGAGAGGUCCCUGGCUUUAUCUAGGUUGGCUGCCAUCUGUGACUUGCAUGGGACUGUGACAUUUGGCUGCUACUGAGGCUGCAACCCCAGAAGUGAGCAUAGAGGUCUUGUCUCCAUUUUAGUUGAAUCCUUAGGGUUGAAUGAUUGGGUGCAGCUCUUG